AUGGACCUUGCACCGCCGUCCAAUCCGUCCUUGAAACAGGCAUGUGACAACUGUCGCCGACGCAAGAUCAAAUGUUCGCGUGAACUGCCUUGCGACAAAUGCCAACGCUUGUUGCUGUCCUGCUCGUAUAGCGACGUGCUCCGGCGUAAAGGCCCCAAAUUUCGAACGCUUUACCCACUGGCGCCUGUUCACCCACUGUCAAACCGAAACGAAAAUGCACGAAAACAAAGCUAUACCGAGUCUAACUAUGGGUUCAGUUCACCUACGUCGCCGGCAUUUACGGUCAACGAUGCACUCUAUGCGUCGCAUGAUUUAUCGGAUACCCUCUCUCAACUCCUGCCACCGGAACUAGUAUCUUCGCCGGACUCGACAGAAUCUACGGUGGAAUCGGCAAAUGGUCGGAUAUUUCCUCAUGCUCGCCGUCUGUCGCCGCAAAUACUGUUGGCGCAUGUCAACGUCUACUUGAAGUAUUUAUUUCCGAUUAUGCCUGUUGUGCGCGGAGAUGAACUACGAUUGGACAGUCAGCAGCCUGAACGACUCUCUCCGCAAAGAUACGCAUUUUUGGCCUCUUUAUGCGCAGCAACACAUAUUCAACUCAAGUUAGAUGGUGCUACUCCGGUACCGGAGCAUGUUCGUCUUCAAAGCCUAGGUGAUGGUCACUCUUUGGUCUCUGGCGAAAAGCUGUUAGCCGAAGCCGUGCGAGCGCGACAGGAGUGUGAUAUUGUGGAGGAUAUAAGCAUUGAGACACUCUUGACCUCUUUCUUCCUGUUUGCUUCAUAUGGAAACAUGGAUAAGCAGAGUCAUGCUUGGUUUUACCUCUGUCAGGCUACCUCCAUGGCGUUCACAUUGGGUCUUCAACGGGAGUCAACAUAUGCGGGUAGUGAUGUGGAGGAUGCCGAGGAGAGGCGGCGCGUGUUCUGGUUGCUUUUCAUCACGGAAAGAGGGUAUGCGCUGCAGCAAUCCAAGCCAGUCGUGCUCCGCAGUACCAUCCACAAACCGCAAGUUCUCUGCUCUGAAGACCCAAUUUUAGCCUACGGAUUUAUCAACUUGAUCAAUAUCUUCGAGAAACUCACUUCCAAUCUGUAUGACUGGUUAUCUGCCGGAGGUGGUGACGGGCUCUUGGAGAAACCACCCACGUCGGCGAUCCAAUCAAGCCUCUCCAAGCCGAUUACGCUGGAUGGGGUCCUUGAAAUUCAACAAGUGGAUAUCCUAAUCACGCAGCAGUGGUUACAGGCAAUGAUGUGGAAGUUAUCCAUAAGCCAUGCCACACAGCCUGGCGCACGAGAUGAUGGGGUGUUGCCGUUCCAUCUGCCAGUACUUGUUGGCAAAGCUGUUAUGAGCGUAAUCGGAAGUGCAUCUCAAGGGGCGGUUGAUGCGCAUGGCAUCGGCAUGGAGCAAAAGUUAUUCGACAUGGGUUCCUCGGUCGCCGACGUGACGCGUUCCUUAGGCUCUAAAUCUAUGCACCGUCUGACCCAGUCAUCUGUUGAUCCCAGGGAGCUUCUUUGGGGUAUUUUGCACACACUCUCGCUGAUUCGGGGCUCACCUUCAUACCUCUUUCCAUCACUCUUGGAACGUUGCAAGACGGUACUAGGACUUGACUGCACCAUCACUAUGGGCAAUUUCCUUCCAACACUCGGUGCGCCAAUGUCUGACCAGUUCACUUCAUGGGCUGGUGAGCAAGGCUGGGACAUGCCAGCUUCCGGUCGAAAUGGUCACCAAAUGGGUGAGAUGGAUGGGGAACAUCCUGACUCCUUGUCUCACCUGACUGCAGUGUCUCAAGGAGAACUCGAUUUUCAAGAACGUCUUUUGCCUUGA